AUGAGCAGCAAGAGGAAGAUAGCCGACGAAGAUGAUGGUGGAGGAGCCAAUCCCGUUGCCGGAUCAUCCUCAUCGUCCUCAAACAUCAAAAAGAAGAAGACCUCCCACAAAAAACAUAAAGAAGAACCAAUUGAUCAUGCCACUGCUGUCGCAAAUACUCUGGCAAACUUGAACUUUGAGGAAAGGAAAAUCCUAGAUGAACUCAGAAAACAUCCAAAUGGUCUACCACAAGCCGUUCUUCAACAGGCUCUGCCUGAUAUAGACCUCAAGGACUUGCUCGAGUCCAUCAACAGCUUGAGUGUCAAACAGGUCGUUGAAUUCAUUUCACAUGGACGAGAGCUAUUCUUUAGAGCAAAGUCGGACGAGGAAUUCAAAAAGACUAAAGGACUGUCAGAUGAAGAACUCAUGGUAUACAAUGUCAUCAAAUCGGCUGGAAAUCGUGGAAUCUGGGUCAGGCACAUCAAGGAAAAAUCAAACCUACAUGAGAAGUCAGUUACCAAAUGUUUGGACAAAUUGAGUAAUUCACUACUUGUCAAAUGCAUGACUUCUGUCAAGUUCAAAACACGUCGUCUCUACAUGUUGGCCGAAGUCAUGCCAUCUGUAGAAGUCACAGGUGGUGUCUUUUACACUGAUCAGGAAUUCGACACAGAACUGGCUGAUCAAGUGUCUCUUGUUUGUCAUCAUCACAUCAUAAACAAGACAUACUGUGACGGAGACAUGCUGAAACCACGAGAUUCACGAUAUAAAAACUGGGCUACAGCACAAUCGUGUCUCAAAUAUGUGGCUGGAUUAGGCGUCCUCAACAAUACAGAUUUGAGCGUCGAAGAUAUUGUCCGUGUACUCAAUCGUCUGGUGUAUGAUGGCAAAAUCACCCGAUAUAGACGAGAUGGUAAAUCCAAUGAAAUCAUCAAAGUAAAAGACGAACCAGUAAAGCCCGCCAAGGCUUCCAAAUCAACAAAAAAAGGAGCAGCAGCCAGUAAGAAGCCCACACGAGCAGCAGCACGACGAGCAGCAGCAGCCCUAGCAGAAGACUCUGAUGAAAACCAAGAUGAUAUGGGAUCUGAUAUAGAAUUACCUGAACUUGAUCCAGACGCACUCAAAGAUGAAGAAACAGGAGGAUAUGGACCACGUGAAAAGAAACAGCCACCACCAGCAGAAGACAGCAACGAUUUCGAUGACGGAGACGAUAUAGCUGAAGCACUAGCAGGAGAAGUCGACAUGUAUUAUUAUGAAGCUAUACGACCAUCAGAGUAUCGAGAAGAGAUUGGAAAAGAUGCUCUACCGUCCUUCUUCCAACCAGGUGAAAAGGGACAAGCACCACGAUUGCCUGGUAAUGAAUGGAGUGGUCGGUGGUCUGCCUUGUCUUCUGUGCCAUGUGGAACUUGUCCAGUUGCUUCAUUUUGUAGUGAUAAUGGGCCAGUCAAUCCUAGCAGUUGUGUUUAUAUUACGAACUGGAUGGCUGAAUGGUGA